ACUCUACGGGGGGCUAUGACUUGAGGACACUCCUCGGUUCUGAGCUCAGCUGCGGACUGGAUGGUGAAAGACAGCGGCAGGAGGAGGAGGAGGUUCAGAUUUGGAGCCUCUGGACGGACCUGACAGGCUUCUAGAAUUUAUCUGAAUUGGAUUGAGCUGAAAUAAAGAGGGAAGGAUCCCAAAUCAUCUACUGAAAUCUUCUUUAAAGGGAAAAAUAGAAAUGAAGGUACAUAUGCACACAAAAUUUUGCCUCAUUUGUUUGCUGACAUUUAUUUUCCAUCACUGCAACCAUUGCCAUGAAGAACAUGACCAUGGUUCUGAAGAACAUCACAGACAUCGUCGUGGGAUGACAGAAUCGGAGUCAAGCAAAUUUUCAGUGCUGGAUGCUGAAAAUGAAAAAAAAUAUUACAUUGAAAAACUUUUUGACCGUUAUGGUGAAAAUGGAAGAUUAUCCUUUUUUGGUCUGGAGAAACUUUUAACAAACUUGGGCCUUGGAGAGAUAAAAGUUGUUGAGAUUAAUCAUGAGGAUCUUGGCCACGAUCAUGUUUCUCACUUAGAUAUUUUGGCAGUUCAAGAGGGAAAGCAUUUUCACUCCCAUAACCACCAACAUUCCCACAAUCAUUUAAGUUCAGAAAAUCAAACUGUGACUAGUGUAUCAACAAAAAGAAACCAUAAGUGUGAUCCAGAGAAAGAGACAAUUGAAGUAUCUGUCAAAUCUGAUGAUAAACAUACACAUGACCGUAAUCAUCGCUUAUGUCAUCACCAUUGUUUGCAUCACCACCUAGAUCAUAACACCACUCGCCAUUUUCCCAAUGAUUCCAUUGCUCACAGUGAGCGUGGGGAGCCUAGCCAUGAACCUUCAACAGAGACCAAUAAAACACAGGAACAAUCUGAAAGUAAGCUACCAAAAGGAAAAAGGAAGAGAAAAGGGAAGAAAAGUAAUGAAAAUUCUGAGGUUAUUACACCAGGUUUUCCUCCCAACCAUGAUCAGGGUGAACAGUAUGAACAUAAUCGGGUCCACAAACCUGAUCGUGUACAUAACCCAGGUCAUUCUCACGUACGCCUUCCGGAACAUAAUGGUCACGAUCCUGGUCAUGGACACCAAGAUCUUAAUCCUGAUAAUGAAGGUGAACUUCGACAUACUAGGAAGCGAGAAGCACCACAUGUUAAAAAAAGUGCAAUUUAUUCAGCUGCUACCCACAAAGAUCAUAAUGAAGAUGACCGUCAGCAUGAGUGUUUGAACGUCACUCAGUUGUUAAAAUACUAUGGUCAUGGUGCCAAUUCUCCGAUCUCACCUGAUUUAUUUACAUACCUUUGCCCUGCUUUAUUGUAUCAAAUCGACAGCAGACUUUGUAUUGAGCAUUUUGACAAACUUUUAGUUGAAGAUUUAAAUAAAGAUAAAAAUCAGGUUCCUGAAGAUAAGGCAAAUAUAGGGGCAUCAGCAUGGAUUUGUGGUAUCAUUUCUAUCACUGUCAUUAGCCUGCUUUCCUUGCUAGGCGUGAUCUUGGUUCCCAUCAUUAACCAAGGAUGCUUCAAAUUUCUUCUCACAUUCCUUGUUGCACUAGCUGUAGGAACAAUGAGUGGAGACGCCCUUCUUCAUCUACUGCCCCAUUCUCAGGGUGGACACGAUCAUAGUCAUCAACAUGCACAUGGGCAUGGACAUUCUCAUGGACACGAAUCUAAGAAGUUUUUGGAGGAAUAUGAUGCCGUAUUGAAAGGACUUGUCGCUCUAGGAGGCAUUUACUUGUUAUUUAUCAUUGAACACUGCAUUAGAAUGUUUAAGCACUACAAGCAGCAAAGAGGAAAACAGAAAUGGUUUAUGAAGCAGAACACAGAAGAAUCAACUAUUGGAAGGAAGCUUUCAGAUCAUAAGUUAAAUAAUACACCAGAUGCUGACUGGCUUCAGCUCAAGCCUCUUGCCGGAACUGAUGACUCGGUCGUUUCUGAAGAUCGACUUAAUGAAACUGAACUGACAGAUUUAGAAGGUCAACAAGAAUCCCCUCCUAAAAAUUAUCUUUGUGUGGAAGAGGAGAAAAUCAUGGACCAUUCUCACAGUGAUGGGUUACAUACCAUUCACGAGCAUGACCUCCAUGCUGCUGCACACAACCACCAUGACGAGAGUAAGACUGUGCUGAGGAAACAUAACCACCAGUGGCACCACAAGCAUUCUCACCAUUCUCAUGGGCCCUGUCAUUCUGGGUCCGAUCUGAAAGAAACCGGCAUAGCUAAUAUAGCUUGGAUGGUAAUCAUGGGGGAUGGCAUCCACAACUUCAGUGAUGGGCUAGCAAUUGGAGCAGCUUUCAGUGCUGGACUGACGGGAGGAAUCAGUACCUCUAUAGCUGUGUUCUGUCAUGAGCUGCCACAUGAGUUAGGUGAUUUUGCAGUUCUUCUUAAAGCUGGCAUGACUGUAAGGCAAGCAAUUGUAUACAACCUCCUCUCUGCCAUGAUGGCUUACAUAGGCAUGCUUAUAGGCACAGCUGUGGGUCAGUAUGCCAAUAACAUCACACUUUGGAUCUUUGCAAUCACUGCAGGCAUGUUCCUUUAUGUCGCCUUGGUGGAUAUGCUUCCAGAAAUGUUGCAUGGUGAUGGUGACAAUGAAGAACAUGGCUUUUGUCCAGUGGGGCAAUUUAUUCUUCAGAAUUUAGGAUUGCUGUUUGGAUUUGCCAUCAUGCUGGUGAUUGCCCUCUAUGAAGACAAAAUUGUGUUUGACCUCCAGUUUUAA